AUGAAUCCCCAACGAAUCAGACCGAGACCUAAAGGUCCUCCUGUGCCCCAGCCCCCCUUACGCCCGGCAUACAUGCAAGCAUGCCGUCCUUCCCAGAAUGUACCUUCCCACAGAAAAUUCAUGUCCAACCAUGUCACCUUUCCCUUGUCGUCUCCCGGCUUCGGUACACAGAAUCAGGUCUCCUUCCAGGGCAGUCUCGAUGACUUCGGUAUUCCUCACAACCUGGGUAUGCUGCGUGGGGCCAGUAGACGGCUAGGAUCACAGCAGCCAUCUGGCCGAGUAACUGUCCUGCCCGAAUUCCGACGACCUGAGAUCCCGCGCAGUCUCGAGCCAUCUAGCAGCUCCCAACAAUCAGAAGCCAACACAUCUGCAUAUCGACUUCAGCACAGCCAGUCUGUACCUUUAGUCUACAGUGGCCCUGGUCCAAGCCCGAUCGUAAGGCCAGGAACUGCGGACGUAACCGAGUUGAUUCCACGACGCCCUCCGGUCUUCCCCGAGCGUCGAGUACGAGAAGGAAGAAUACUGCCUCUGAGCCAACCGACACCAGGCAUGGGAAGAGCCCUUUCCUCCCAACACCACGAGGAACUACCUCCGCAUUCCUCAGCGCCUCUUGCCACACAGGUGUCGCUCCAGCACCAGCAGCCGCGAGCUUUGGCUCCGGCAAGCACUUCCUCCAUAUCGCCAGGAUCGCAGAAACGAAAGGUGCCUGACACGACAGAAGAUGCUGCUGCAAAUACCAAAAGACCUCGAAAUGUCACUUCUCAGCCGGUGAUCAAAGCCAGCAAGUUUGAAGGAAUGACCAAGGAAUCUAAGGACGCCAUGACCAAUGAGCGGAGCAGUUUGAAGACAGUGGAUGCGGCAGUGCUUCUGUCUGUGGAUGUUAAUAAACUUUUCAAGAUGCAAAUGCAAGACAGUCAGCUCUUUGAGAAUUCAGCACUGGACUGGUUGGCGCGAAGGGUUGUGGGCGAUGACGCUCUAUGGGAACAGGUGGAGAGUUUCCUCGGGAGUAUCUGA